AUGGCAGUUGCGUCCACUCUGCUCAGUUCGGUGCAGAUUGACCCCCUCACCACGCUUGGAACACUCGUCGCCCUGCUCUCCUCCUACCUCCUCUACAAAGUGUACUUCUACCCAAACUUCAUCUCUCCUCUCCGACAUAUCCCCGGUCCACCUAAUGAGUCUAAAUACAACAAGUACCACAUCCCCUUCGUUGGCAAUUUCCUCGACAUCCUAAUAGAAGAAGCCGGUGUUCCCCACCGCAGAUGGAUUGAGGAGUACGGUGGCCUCGUACGCUACCGAGGCCUAUUUAAUAACCAGCGCAUCCUCCUUGCUGAUCCCAAGGCGAUUCAACAUGUCUUUGGCACACACUCCUACAAGUACCCAAAGCCUAAUCGCGUCGUUCGUAUUCUGGGCCAGAUCAUUGGCCGUGGCGUUCUGCUGGCUGAGGGAGAUGCGCACAAAAAGCAGCGCAAGAUGCUGAACCCGGCUUUCGGUCACAAACACAUCAAGGAUAUGGUGCACAUCAUGGCCGGCCCUGCAGCUAUGCUGGGCAAGAUGUGGGAGGAACGCGUCGAUCAGGCAGAGAACAAGGUCGCCGAAUUCGAUAUCACGACAGAUCUAGGACGUGCCACUCUCGAUAUUAUUGGACUUGCAGGGUUCGGCUAUGACUUCCAGGCCCUGACCAAUCCCAACAACGAGCUGAGCCAGGCUUACUGUGAACUCUUCAAUACAUCCUCCAACAUUAUCCAGCUCCUUCGCGCAUUUAUACCAAUCUACGUCCACAUUCCCUUUGAGCACAACCGACGUCGUUGGCGCGCUAUCCAUUCGAUCGACCGCGUCUCGACUCGUCUUAUUGCCGAAAAACUCGCCCAAGCACUCGCCAAUGAGAAAGCCGGCAACGAUUAUGAGGAGGAGGGUAAAGACCUUAUGAGUAUUCUGAUCCGCGGCAAUGAACAGGUGGGAUCGCUCGAGGACGGCAAACUGACGGAUCAGGAGCUCAAGGACCAGAUCCUGACGUUCCUGGCUGCGGGACAUGAGACUACGUCGGUGACCGUGACAUGGAUGCUGCACGUGCUUUCCAUCUACCCCGAGGCCCAAAAGCGCGUUCGAAACGAGCUCUUGACAGAACUGGGCCGUCCCGACGAAAACAAGCCGCUAACGUAUGAUGCACUCAACGCGUUGCCAUACUUGAACGCAUGUGUCAAGGAGCUGCUUCGGUUCAUCCCACCAGUCCCCACAACCUCCCGCAUCGCGUCUGAGGACGACAACAUCCUCGGUUACGAGAUCCCGAAGGGCACCCAGGUGUUCUUGUCACCUGCAGCAUUGCACAAGUUGAAGAGCGUCUACGGCGAAGAUGCCGAAGAAUUCAAGCCUGAGCGAUGGAUGGACCCCGCGACUCUGACGGACAACCAGACAACAACCAAGCAUGUCACGCCCGAUAUGCACUGGGCAUACGUACCAUUCUUGACCGGGCCAAGGAAUUGUAUCGGGUCCAAGUUUGCUUUGAUUGAGACUAAGAUCUUGUUGUACUACUUGCUGGUCGACUUGGAAUACCACCCUUCGCCCGGGUUCACAUUUAAGAAGGCGGCGCGUGUAACUUGGAGGCCCAUGCCGGGGAUGAAGCUGUUGGUCAAGCGCGUGCAGGGCUCGGGUCCCGCAGCAGUGCCCAGGUAG